ACUAGUACAAAACGCUUGGAUGGAGAAGCGAGCAGGUUUGUUUAGAGAGAGGGGAGUUACGAUCGAGUAGCAAAGCAUCAAGAGCUGCAGUUAAGCACUCAAUUAAGCGCAAUGCAUUGUGAAUGUUAGCCCACGCACGUUUAAGUUUUCGGAGGUUACGAUUGUAUGCACGCCCAAUGCUACUGUACUAACGCUUCAGCAUGUUUACAUAAGAUGUAUGCGAAGCUUCCUCUUCACAUUAGUGUCUAGCUCGGUUCUGGAGCUGCACGUCUGAACUUGGAAUUUCCAGUCGCGUGACAGUAAAUUAACCCAUAUGGCGACCGUCCUAAAGGCCGUCUUCUUCGUCGUCGUCGUGCUGCUUUACCGUGGCCAUGACGUACACGGCCAGAACAAUGGCGCCGCCGUCCACGACGUGACAGUGUACGGGGCUUCGCCGGGCAGCAAAGACAACAAACGCGCAUUCCUGACGGCAUGGCGCGCCGCGUGCGGCUCGACGGCGGGGAACGCGACGGUCCUGGUCCCCGAGGGCGCCUUCGUCAUCGGCGCCGUCGAGUUCUCGGGUCCGUGCCGGGACGACGCGCCGAUCGCCGUCGUGAUCGACGGCGUGCUCCGGCCGUGCGCGAGCGACGGUUGCCACCUGUCAUCCGACGCGUGGAUCACCUUCAGCCACGUGUCCAACCUCCUCCUCACCGGCGCCGGCACCCUCGACGGCGCCGGCGCUCGGCGCCGAAAGCACAAGACAAACGUAUACAAUUCAUUGCGAUGGAUCACUGAAGUCUGAUGAGUUCUUUAUCUCCUGCGAGUAACUUAUUUCUCUUUGACGCAGACUCUGGUGCUGGACGGCGUGGCGAGCGCGACGGUCCGGGGCCUGGCGUUCACGGACAGCCGGGGAUUCCACGUCAGCAUCCACCGCAGCACCCACGUGUCCGCCCAAUCCCUCCGCAUCAGCGCACCCGCAACCAGCCGCAACACGGACGGCGUCCACGUGGGCUUCUCGAAACACGUCAGCAUCCUCGGCUCCGCCAUCGGCACGGGCGACGACUGCGUCUCCAUCGGCCCGGGCUCCACCGACGUCCUCGUCUCCGGCGUCUCCUGCGGGCCCGGCCACGGCAUCAGCAUCGGCAGCCUCGGCAAGCACAAGCCCAACAACAACAACGGCGGCGGAGACGAGGUGCGCGGGGUGGUGGUGCGCAACUGCACGGUGAAGGGCACCGCCAACGGGGUCCGGAUCAAGACGUGGCCAGGGCCGCCGUCGUCUUCCUCGGCGCCGGCGGGGGGGUUGGCGUACAACAUCACCUUCGAGGACGUGGCCAUGGCGGGCGUCCAGAACCCGGUCGUCAUCGACCAGCACUACUGCCCGCACGGCAGCUGCGGCGGCGCCACGGCCCGCGGCCGGCCGUCGCUGGUGCAGAUCAGUGAGGUGGUGUUCAGGAGGAUCCGGGGCACGGCGAGCGGCGAGGUGGCCGUGCGGCUGCGGUGCAGCGAGGCCCGGCCUUGCAGCGGGGUCAGGCUUGACGGCGUUGAUCUCCGGUGCUUUGCCGGCGGUGAAGGGGAAAAAGAAGAAGAUGGAGAUGGAGAAGGGCGGCCGUGUAAGGCGUUGUUCGAGAAUGUGACCGGCAAGACGCCGGGGCUGCAGGCCAUGGCGCCCAGGGUUAAACCCGUCGAGGACGACGACGAAGAAGGAGAAGAUCUGAGGCCGUCGGACAGCUGAACAGAGGCUAGCGUGAUGAUCGGUGGAGCUUCAGCGUUCAGUUUCUUCUCUGAAACUCUGAAUCUGA